AUGCCACGAGGUAAUAGAGCUGGUGGAAGAGGCGGUCAGGGAGCUGCUCGGGGCCGAGUUACAAAGCAUAAGCCACGCCGUGCACGAUCUUUGUCUUUUGCUACGAACGCUAAGGAGCCUACUCCAGGCUCAAGCGUCGAGCCUACUCCAGGCCCAAGCGACGAGCCUACUCCAGGCCCUAGCGCGAAGCCUACUCCAGGCCCAAGCGUCGAGCCUACUCCAGGCCCAAGUGUGGAACGACCGCGAUAUCACGGAGGAGGAGGAGGAUGUUAUCGAGGGCACACUUCCCGACGUUAUGAUCCCGCGGCACAUGUUUGCCCGUUCGGAACAGUCUGCAGGCACGCCUACACCGGCCGCUCCGGAACUAGUUGUGUGAAACCCAGAACCCAGUUCUCGCCAUCUACGGGGAACGUACAGGCUACAGUGUUACCCCAAGACCCCGUAUUGGCCGAGAUAGAAUUGGUUGGAUUCACACCUUGUUAG